CGGGGCUGCGGUGCUGCGGGCCGGGGAGGCCGGGAGGGCCAGGCCGGCCCCCGCUGACCGUCAUGCUGACUUUUUUCCUCGUGUCGGGGGGCUCCCUCUGGCUGUUCGCGGAGUUUGUCCUCUCACUUCUGGAGAAGAUGCAGACACAGGAGAUCCUAAAGAUGCUGCGGCUGCCCGAGCUGGGUGACUUGGGCCUGUUUUUGCGCAGCCUUUCAGCCACCACCCUCGUGAGUAUGGGUGCCGUAGCUGCGAUCCUCACCUACUGGUUCACUCACCGGCCAAAGGCUUUGCCACCACCCUGUGACCUCCUUAGGCAGUCGGAAGAAGUGGAGCCACAGCCUGUGACCAGAGCUUUGUCCUUGCUGUCUCCCACAGCGGACCUCAACAUCGUGAUUGUGGACAAACCUGAGAAGGCUGUGGUUCUGCUCCAGCAUGUGGAGAAGAAAGAGACUCCAAUGCUCAAGAUGAUCAUCGUCAUGGAUCCAUUUGAGGAAACCCUAAGAGAGAGAGCGCAGGAGUGUGGGGUGGUCCUGAAGUCCAUGCAGGCUGUGGAGGACUGUGGCCAAGCGAAUCAUCGUGCACCUGUGCCCCCUAAUCCUGAUGACCUCUCGAUCGUUUGUUUUACAAGUGGUACAACAGGGAUCCCAAAAGGUGCGAUGCUCACCCAUGGAAACGUGGUCGCUGAUUUCUCAGGCUUUCUGACACUGGCAGAGGUGAAUAUAGUAGACUCACUAAUGCAGGCUAGUCUUGGUGGAAACGUGAGGGUGAUGGUCCUUGGAGCAGCACCAUCAUCACCCACAGUCCUGGAAUUCCUCCGGGCAGUUAUAGGAUGUCAGUUUUAUGAAGGUUACGGCCAAACUGAGUGUACAGCUGGAUGUACCUUCACUACACCAGGAGACUGGACCUCAGGACAUGUCGGGGUACCUCUCCCUUGCAAUCAUGUUAAGCUUGUCGAUGUCGAGGAGCUGAACUACUGGACCCACAAUGGAGAAGGAGAGGACUUUUUGGUGGCCAUUGUUGUGCCCGACCCUGAAGUCAUGCCCUCCUGGGCUCAGAAGAAAGGAUUUGAAGGGACUUAUGAUGAGCUCUGUGCAAAUAAGGAUGUGAAGCAAGCCAUUUUGGACGAUUUGGUCAGGUUGGGAAAAGAAGGUGGACUCUGUUCUUUUGAACAGGUUAAAGCCAUUCACAUUCACUGUGAUAUGUUCUCAGUUGAAAAUGACUUGCUGACACCAACACUAAAGGCUAAGAGACCCCAAAUGAGAGAGUACUUCAAGACACAAUUAGAAGAGCUUUACUCAGUCUCCAUCUGA